GAGCGCUUCCGUCUCAGUCCAAAUGUACGAAGCGCGUGCAUCAUGGAAGAGAAAUUGGAGCUCAUCUCUAAAUGCAUCAGAACUUUCCAGGAUUUUCCCACGAAAGGGAUUAUCUUCAAGGACAUUUGUCCAAUCCUGAAGGAUCCGAAGGCGCUGGCUGCUGUGAUAGAUCUGUUUGAAGAGCACGUCAGGCAGAAUUACCCUCAAGUGGAUCUUAUAGUCGGAGUUGAUGCGCGAGGAUUCCUGUUUGGGCCACUUUUGGCACAGAGAUUAGGAAUAGGCUUUGCUCCGAUCAGGAAAAAGGGGACUCUGCCUGGGCCUACAAUAUCAGUAGCGUACACUCUUGAGUAUGCAAAGGCUGAGGCAGAGAUGCAGGAAGGUGCUGUAUCUCCGGGACAGAAGGUCCUGAUCAUUGAUGACUUACUGGCUACUGGGGGAACCCUGUAUGCGGCAUGUGAGUUGGUCAAACAGCAGCAGGUGAAGGUGUUGGGCUGUUUGGUGGUGAUUGAACUGAAGAAUCUCAAUGGAUCAGACAAGCUGAAGCCAACUUCUGUGUUCUCUCUAGUACAGUACUGAAAAUCUGCUUACAAAUGUCGUGGUCUCUUUUUUUUUUUUGUGGGAACCCAUAUUAUUCAAAUCAGUGUUAUGCCCAUUUUUUUUAUCCUGUUAGAUAAACAGUACAUGGCUAAAAGUACAGUAUUUGAAUACUUCCUUCUAAUAAAUAGGUUUGACUAUUCCAGUGAAAACAAAUCUUAAAGGAAUUGUUCACCCAAAUAUGAUAACUCUCUCAUUUACUCACACUUAUGCUCUCAAACACCUAUGACUUUCUUCUGCUGAACACAAAUGGAGAUAUUAGUUUAUAUACAGUUGUGCUCAAAAGUUUGCAUACCCUGGCAGAAAUUGUGAAAUUUUGGCACUGAUUUUGAAAAUAUGACUGAUCAUGCAAAAAAAUCUUUUAUUUAAGGAUAGUGAUCAUAUGAAGCCAUUUAUUAUCACAUAGUUGUUUGGCUCCUUUUUAAAUCAUAAUGAUAACAGAAAUCACCCAAAUGGCCCUGAUCAAAAGUUUACAUACCCUUGAAUGUUUGAACUCCGAUUUAAAAAGCCACAGGUGUGGGAAAUGAACCUUUAAUUGCCAUUUAAACCUGUGUGUGUCACCUUGUGUGUCUGUAACAAGGCCAAACAUUCAAGGGUAUGUAAACUUUUGAGCACAACUGUACAUACAAUGCAAUGGGGGUUCAAGACUUUCAAAAUUUAAAAAGACAAUGGCAGCAUAAAAGUAAUCCAUAUGAUUCCAGUGGUUUAAUCAAUGUCCUCUGAAAUAAGACAAUCGGUUUUGGGUGAGAAAUGGACCAAAAUGUAACAAUUCCUCAUGCUUUGCACAUGCACAGAGCAUCGAGUGUGAGGAAGUGUUACUUUUUGGUCCGUUUCUCACCCAAAACCAAUUGCUUUGCCUCAGAAGACAUGGAUUAAACCCCUGGAAUUGUAUGGAUUUACUUUUAUGCUGCCUUAAUGUACUUUUUGCACCCCAUCAAUGGACCCCAUUGACCUGCAUUAAAUGGACAGACAUAUCUCCAUUUGUGUUCUGCAGAAGAAAGUCAUAAGGGUAAGUGAUGAGAGAAUGGUCAUUUUUGGGUGAAUUGUUCCUUUAAUGCUACUGCAUACAAUAAAAUUAGAGAAUGGGUUGCUUUCAACUUUGUGGCAACAAUUCUUUGUUCUUAGCCAGAUCGAAACAAUUGCAAAUUACUCCUGUAUAAAGGCUGUACAAAGAAAUAGCAUUACAUUCCUCAAGGAAUUUUAUACCAAUGUUUAAGCCUUCUGGGUUUUCAUAGUCUUAACUGUAAUAAACUUGACUACUAAAUUUAAGCAGACAAAAUUGCAUUUUGGGAACACAUUUUAAUCUCCAUGUGAUCAUACAGCUGUGCCUUUUUGUACACAAACUCAUGAGCAUCAAGUUAUCUUUUCUGAUAAACAAUUUACAACAUA